GCGCCCACGUGACCUAACGGCGCCCAUGUGACGGCGCGCGCGGCCGGCGAUGGCGGCGAGGCCGGGGGGCUUCCUGCUGCUGCUGCUGCUGGGGCUCGCGGCGCGCGGGCCCGCUGCCGCCGCUGCCGCCAAGAUGAAGGUGGUGGAGGAGCCCAACUCGUUCGGGCUCAACAACCCGUUCCUGCCCCAGACCAGUCGCCUGCAGCCCAAGAGGGAUCCUUCCCCGCUGUCUGGGCCCGCGCACCUCUUCAGGCUCUCCGGCAAGUGCUUCAGCCUGGUGGAGUCCACGUACAAGUACGAGCUGUGCCCCUUCCACAACGUGACGCAGCACGAGCAGACCUUCCGCUGGAACGCUUACAGCGGGAUCCUGGGCAUCUGGCACGAGUGGGAGAUCUCUAACAACACCUUCAGGGGCAUGUGGAUGAGGGACGGCGACUCCUGCCGCUCCCGGAGCCGGCAGAGCAAGGUGGAGCUUACCUGUGGGAAAAGCAACCGCCUGGCACACGUGUCUGAGCCCAGCACCUGCGUCUACGCGCUGACCUUUGAGACGCCUCUGGUCUGCCACCCGCACUCCCUGUUAGUGUACCCGGCCCUGCCGGCGGCCCUGCAGCACAGGUGGGACCAGGUGGAACAGGACCUGGCUGACGAGCUGAUCACGUCCCAGGGCUACGAGAAGUUGCUCAGGGCGCUCUUUGAGGAGGCCGGCUACUUGAAGACCCCGGAGGACGGUGACUCCGUGCGGGAAGGAGGUGCCAAGGCCCUGGCGUUCCACACCCUGGAGAACUGCAGUGAGGCACACAGGGAGCUGUGGAAGGAGGUCAGGAGACUCCGGAGCGUGCUGACACAGCAUGGCAUCCCCUACGCGCAGGCCGCGGUUCCAAACAGCCGGAGGCCACAACGUGCCCCGUGAUCGCUAACACCGCACCCAGUGCUCCCGUCACCCGUGCGAGGGCGGUGGCCCAGCCCGUGAGGCCUGCGGGGUAGGGCCGCCACAGCCAAGACCCCGAGCAGAAAGGACCGGCUCAGGCGGGGCCGAGGGGCCCCGCAACGCUGCAGCCCUGCCUGGUCCGCCUGCUGUGCGGAGCCCGCCCGAGCCGCCUACGGGGAGCACGCGGGCUGUUCCCAGUUUGUCAUCUGACGAUGCCGAGGCUGGGGACCCACAAUAAAAACGUUGUUCUGUUUCCCAUAAAAGACCAAAGGUCUGAAAUGUGAAACAAGUGCAUAAAUAUUAAUAAAAAUAAAGAAUUUUAAACGGUGAUAA